AUGGAGCACAAUGCCCAGUCACCUGUCAUUGAGCGGUCUGGGGCUGAGGAUUUCCAGAAUGGCAACGCACAGCAGCAGCAGCAGCAGCAGCAGAUGGAAGGCGUCGCAGCAAAUACGGACUCGCUUAGCUUGAGGAGCACCAAGCAGAGCUCAUCGCCGUUCAGUCGUCUACCCCGCAAUGUCAUCGAACGCAUUCUCUAUACGGUUGAUCCAAGCGCAUUUGCGUCUCUGGCCUUGUUAAACCGAAAAUGGAGGCGUAUUUCCGAUGCAGCUCCAUUAUAUAUCCACCACUUGUCGCAUUGCCCAUCAUUUUCUGCGACACGGGAUAGUAUGCCGUAUUCGGAAAGUCUGGAUUCGCUCAAGCGCAGCUUCUUUGCAGAGAUUAGGCGCAAUGCAUUCGACGUAUUUUUGAGGCCUCGUCAGACACUGGUCAAACUUAUAUCUACAUCUAUGAGCUCUUCUACAGCGUUUCCGAAAGGGGAGGCUUUUCGUUUCAGUUUCUCUGCCAGCGGACAUAUGAUCCUUUGCCUCAGCUCUUCAAGGAUUGUCGUUCUCGAUAUAACGGCAAAAUUACCCGUCGUCAAACAUGAGCUUAAAACUUCAAGACGCCCUUUGGAUGCUACCAUUCUGGAUGAUGGGUUGCUUCUCGCUGUCGUAUCCUCGAGGCAUCAGAUCAACAUUUAUUCCCUUUCGGAUGACGACAGUAAACUCAUACAAUGUCUCGUGUUGAACGAUACACCGAGAGCUUUGGCGCUCUCCCCGACUGGCGGUGUUCUUGCCAUCGCCUAUGAUGAUAAGAUUGAAAUGCAAGCUGUUGGUGAAGGUGUAAUCGCAGCCGAUCGACGGGCCGUUCGCUGCAAUAGCGUUGAUUCGAUUUCAUUCUCCCCAGACGGUUUCAUGCUACUUGGAUCUUCUGCUCGGGGUCGAACUAGCUCCAUAGUUAGCGUCACCGUUCCGUUCUAUACAGGAACAGAAGAUGACAUAUCUCCCGGUGAUGCGCAAGUCCGAAUGUGGACCACACAAGUCCUCUUUCCCGCCAGCCUGCAAGGUUACACGAGAGCUUGCUCGCUUCCGUUCCACGAGGAGGGAGAAGACGAUUGGGUUUUAGGCUACGACGAACAGAGAGGGGCCUUCAGGGUUGUCAGAAUUAGCAAUGCCAAUGCAGGAACCGUAUAUUUCCCGAGUCCCUUCUCACCAAACAUUUACCAGAAAGCGUCUCCCGUAAUGUCCCCUGCGGUUGACGGCAAAGGCGAGCUGGUUGCAUUGGGAUAUGAAGACAGUGGCCUUUGGGUUCAUGGGAUACCUAACCGUCUUGAUGUUGCCUCGUCAGCUCGUUCAUCGCCAGGUUUUCUGCAACAAAGUGGUGCGAUCAGUGGCCAUAAAUUGAGUGAUAUCCCUGGAAUCACAGCUUCUUGCUGGGUUGGCUAUUCGCACUCUUCCGCUCAUCCGGCGUCCAAAGGUCUUAGGUUGGUCACUGUGGCUCCUGGGGGUGUGAGUCCUCCAUCAAUUGGUGAAGAAGACGUCCCAGUUGACGGGGGCAGAGUGCUUCUCUUGGAUUUCGACAGGUCUCCGAGAAAUGGGGAGGCAAUUGAAGUUAGCAUCGAACUUGGCGAGGCGGAACCUAAGAUGCUCACUGAGCCGAAUUCAAGCAUGGACACCGAGGUCGAACUUGAGAGACGGAGAACGCAACUACGCCGCAAUAAUACGGCUGCACCACGACGGUUACGGAACCCUGCUCGAGAAACUCAUCCACCCUCGACUUCGAGUGCCAGUCAAAAGGUGUCAUACUGUCACCGCAGGAACAGUUCGUAUCAGUCCGAUUCGAAUACUCCGAGGCUCAAUGCUACUUUGUUUGGAGACGCCCAGCCACGAACCGGUGACACUUUGCAACGUGCGGUUACCGCGGCCGCGGUCAAUCCGCGACGAUACAGUAACCCACGACAACCUCAGACUCAGCGAUACAUCCCUCAAGUUCCACAUGAAAGUGAUGCGGAUAAUUGGGUCCCACCACCGCCUCCUUAUACUCGUGAACCUGCUGCACCGUUGCCCGAAAACCUGCGCAGGACCCUUCUCCCGGUACCGCCUGAGCUUCGUAGGGCUCAGAGUACGUCACAGGACAAUGCUUCGCGAAACCGGCCUGCCCUUCACAGAUUGAACACCAUCACUGCUCGGAUGAUGAGAAUUGGUGCUAGGGAUCCGCAAGCAGACGAAGAUGACAAUGGACAAAGACGGGUGCUCCAGAGAAUACGAGAGGGUGCAUUGGGGCAAUUCAACCAGGGUCGUGAUGAGCCAGUGCCUCCAGUGCCACCGAUUCCAGAAUUGCACCAACCCCCUGCCACAGAAGAGUUCACCAUAGUUCAGUCUCCCCAAUAUAUUAAUUCGGCCCCUGCAGCUCCUCAAGCUCCUCAGGCUCCUUCAACUCCUUUGGUCUCUCCAACACCGUCAGAAACCCUAGCAUCAAGUCGAUCCCGCCGACAAUCAACCCGCAGCAACCAAACGGAGCACGUGGUCAGCCAAGCCGUGGCCAGCAACCUAAUGGAACCAAUCCCAUACAUCCAAGAAGAAGAAUCCCCAACAACAAUAAACCAAAACCAAAAUCAAUAUCCAUUCUCCUUUUCAUCACCAAACCUCGGCGGCCCAGGACGAAGAUUCCCCGGCGCAGCAGAGGAUAGCCCAGCAUCACCUACAGCACGACGAACCUGGUACCAGAGGGUCCCACCAAAUGGUCGUUCCCAGUCUCAAGACCUUCGGGAAGUGUUACCGCCUCGACCAACGCCUGCUAUGAAUCGGAGGGCGUCAACUGAUCCUACGCUUUCUAAUCGGUCGCCUUCGACGGCUGCGGUCAAUGAGAGUUGGCGGAGGAGGAUUGAAGAGUGGAAUGAGAGGACGAUCCAUGAGACGAAUAAGAAGAAUCGGAAGUGUGUGGUUAUGUAA